AUGACUAUACAAGACGAUUUUCCACUUUAUUCUCUUGACAGCCAGCUUGACCAGCAAAUUUCUCCUGUCGAGUUUCAGGACUACCUCAACCACGCAAGCGAUACCAGAAUGGAAUUCUUGGACGGUCAAGUUUAUCCAUGUACAAACAUCUCAGAGGAUGAGAUGCAUCAAGGCAUUAAUAAUCAUAUUUUAUUUUGCCAGUUUGGGGAAUUUCCUUCAACACCUAAUGUCCAUACCAGCCAUGAGCUCACCGAGGCGACGGCUGGAUUUGACAAUGAGAAUGCCUUGUCGUCUGAAGAAAUCAUUCAAGCGGCGGGCGCUCAGUACGUGCAUGCCUUGGCUCACGAGGGCUUCAAUUGGAACUCCCAUUUUAAUGUUCCAGACCAGGACGGGCUUCAAUUGGUUCAUCUUCUUUUGGCCUCAGCAGAGUUGGUCAGCAGCGAGCAAUAUGAAGAAGCCUCCAGGAUGGUUAGCCAGUGCAAAAAAAAAUCUUCCCAUCUGGGGAGCCCCAUAGAGAGGCUUUGUUAUUACUUUUCCAAUGCUCUUGAAGAGAGAAUCAAAUUCCAAACCUGCCCUGAGCCCGAAAAAUGGAAACAGAUGAGCCCUGAUUUCGCUAACAAUUUUCCAAGUGAUUAUGGGAAAGAUGAGUUGUAUGCUCUAGAGGCGCUCAGUACUAGGGUCAAUCCAUAUGCCGUAACUCUACAAUUAACGGCCGUCCAAGCUAUCAUUGACACCAUGGGGCGUACAAACUGA